AUGCGCUCUCACUCCCACCAGAGCGGCAACUACCCAAAGCGCUCUGCAUCUCAGACUUCUUCCACCACAAUCUCUUCACUCAACACUCAAAAUUCCGACGAAAAGAAGCCCCGUCGUAUCUCCAACCCGAUAUCCUCAAAGCUGUUCCGAUCGGGAUCCAAAUCACCUGAGAUUGAUAUCCCCAAACGCAAACACAGUCACACCCAAUCCUUGGAUAGUCAAUUCACCCCCCAGAGCAACAUAAACAUGGACUACUUCGCCCAACGAGACGGCUCUACCAGUCCUGUACAAAUGUCCUCUGGACCCUCAUCACCUCAAUCUCCAAAGCCAGACUUUUCCAAGGGCGAAACAACCCCAACUCAAAAGAACAAUGAUGAUUACCGCCGCUAUAGCGGUACAGUCAACCACUACGGUCGUCACUCAAAUGACUGGCUCUUCGGCGGCUUUAGUGUGCGAGAUACCGUCCGAGACGGUAUUGAGAAACUUCGUCAUCAUGAUAAAGAAAGCUGA